GCACCGGAAGGACGAAUCCCGGUUCACUUCCCCCGUAAUUGGAGUUAUCGAACACCUUCGCGCCCCCCUCCUCACUCGCCGAAAUGGAAACCUCUUUCAUAUCUGCAACUCCGUUUACAUGUCGAUUUAGAUUUCGGAUUCUUGAACGAGCAUCGGCAUCCCUUCUUCGACGCUGGUCUCCUUCUCCUACUCCUUUGUGUUGUUUUGCCGCCGAUCCGCAAUCCGUAAAUACGAAUAGGAAGAUGCUUAUAAUGGGCAUGGGUUUCGUUGGACAGUUUUUCGCGCAUCACCUCGAACAAGAUGGCUGGGAGGUUUCUGGGACUUGCACUAGUGCAAUUAAGAAGAAGAAGCUGGAGGCGAUGGGAUUUGAUGUACACGUUUUUAGCUCAGAUGACCAUGACCUAGACCUCAGAAGCAUCCUUGCUCUUGGAUAUGCUACUCAUAUGCUCGUCUCGGUUCCUCCUGUUGCUGGUCUCGGUGAUCCAGUGCUUUAUCAACAUCGACACCUUCUACAAAGUAGACUAAGCCGUGGAAAUCUUCAAUGGUUGUGCUACCUGUCAUCAACAAGUGUUUAUGGAGAUUGUGGUGGUGCAUGGGUUAAUGAGGAUUAUCCACUGAAUACUUUAACCGAGUCAGCUAAAGCAAGAUUGGCUGCUGAGGAAGGAUGGUUGGAUCUGGGCCGUUCACUUGGGUUUUCAGUGCAAGUAAUGCGGCUUGGGGGUAUCUAUGGCCCUGGCAGAAGGUUUGUCUAUAGAGUAUGUUACAUAUUCUUAAUGCAUUUUGUUCUCAUUGCUUUGGAUACCAUAGUCAAGCAGGAGUCUCUAUCACCAGGACAGAGGAUGAGGGAGACCAGGCAAUACACGUCACGAGUUCAUGUUGCUGACAUUUGUCAGGCACUGCAGGCCAGCAUCAACAUGCCAUCAUCAGGGAAAAUAUACAACAUUGUUGAUGAUGACCCAACACCUCGUGUGGAAGUGUUUGCAUUUGCAAGGACCUUGGUCCAGAAAAAAUGGCCUGACCAGAUUAAGCGGGAUCCUUUGCUUGGUGAUGCAGAGUCACUUAUCCAGAAGAAAAUUACAAGGGGAGAGAAACGAGUUAGAAAUGAUCGUAUGAAGAAUGAACUAGGAGUAAGUCUACUUCAUCCAACUUAUAAAUCAGGACUGCAGAGCAUAAUCGAAUCUAUGGACUGCCCGAUUGAGUCAAUGAAUGCGUAGCCUCU